AUGGCAGCAUUGUGGAUUUUGUUCUGUCUUAUUUUUAUACCACAGUGGGGGGUGUGCUCUUCAACGUUAGAAAAAGCAAAUGUGCCAGUUAGCUACAAAACAUUGAAUUUCAAUCUUGAAACUGCAAGCAAGUCAAGCUACACAACAUUUGUGUCAUCUUUGCGGGAUAAACUGAAGGGCACUAAAGAGUACUAUGGCAUACCAAUGUUGCCUGAGCCUUCCAAGGCUAAAGAUCCAGAGCAGCGCUUUCUAUUAGUUGGGCUGAAUGUUACAAAGGAGAAAUCUAUCACGCUUGCACUAGAUGUCAACAAUGUAUAUGUGGUGGGUUAUCUUGAUGCUUAUCAAGAUAGAUAUCGAGCUCAUGUCUUUUCCGAUGCUUCUGAGGUUGCAAAGGAUUCUCUUUGGAAAGAUGCAAAAGAACGCUUACUUAUUAAGUACCCAAGUAGCUAUGGAGGAAUAGAAGGGAAAGAUAAUCCUCGACAAAAAGUUGAACUAGGGAUUGAAAAGCUAAAAUAUGCCAUCCUUUCUGUCUUUGGGAAGCAACAGAUCAAGGAGAAUCUUGAGGCCAAACUUCUUCUACUUUCAGUCCAGAUGGUGUCGGAGGCCACACGGUUCAAAUAUAUUGAGAAAAUGAUACUCAAUAGUAUUGAACGAAAGGGAACAUACAAAUCUUUUUUCCCUAAUCCCUUAGUGAUUAGCUUGGAGAACGGUUGGCAAGACCUCUCUAAAGGUGUUCGAAACUCCAAUAAAGGAGUCAUUUCUCCAGCAGUUCAAUUAAUAGAUCCCAACAAUAAACCCUUCAAAGUUGACAAAGUGCAAGCUGUAGCUCCCUACUUGAGCCUUAUGAAUUAUGAAGUCAAAAAACCAAUCGUGUCGGAUCAGCCAUCUCAAAAUAAGGAAAUAGCAAUUGACACCAUCAUAUGA